AUGGCAAUAAGCUCAUCGCAUUAUAUAGAUGAGGCAAUUCUGAACGGAGGUUUCAUAUAUAAGCUUUAUACCACUAUGGUUUUGAAGUCAACAUCUGCAAGUGAUGUCUCAGUUUAUCAGGUUGCUGGUACGAACGUUUCUCGGUCGUUACCUGACUGGAUCGCUAAGAAACGUAAGCGUUCGCUAAAGAAUGAUUUAGAAUGGCAGAAUAGAGUUGAAUUGGUUCAAGAUUUUGAAUUCAGCGAAGCUUCAAACAAGAUAAAAGUUACACCUGAUGGGAAGUAUGCUAUGGCAACAGGUACUUACAAACCUCAAAUCCAUCUAUACGACUUUGCCAAUUUGUCAAUGAAGUUUGAAAGACAUACAGAUGCAGAGAAUGUGGAUUUCGUUAUACUUUCAAAUGAUUGGACUAAAAGUGUUCACUUGCAAAAUGAUAGAAGCAUUCAGUUUCAGAAUAAGGGUGGACUUCACUAUACCACGAGGAUCCCGAAGUUUGGUCGAAGUUUGAGUUAUAAUAAAGUUAACUGUGAUUUAUAUGUUGGGGCUUCGGGUGAUGAAUUAUACAGAUUAAACUUGGAGCAGGGUAGAUAUCUGAAUCCGUUUAAGUUAGAUAGUGAGGGUGUAAAUCAUGUUAAUAUUAACGACGUCAAUGGCAUGGUUUCUGUUGGGAUGGAGGAUAGUGUGGUGGAAUUCUGGGAUCCAAGGGCUCGUUCACGCAUUGCCAAGUUGUAUUUAGAAAAUCAAUUUGACUCUGCACCAUUCCAAGUGACAACUACAUCUUUUAGAAAUGACGGUUUGAAUUUUGCUUGUGGUACCUCGAAUGGUUACUCUUAUUUAUAUGAUCUUCGUACAGCGCAGCCGUUGCUGGUGAAGGACCAAGGGUAUGGUUUCGAAAUCAAGAAAAUUAUUUGGUUGGAUAAUGUUGGUGUCAACAAUGAUUCCAACAAAAUAUUGACCUGUGAUAAACGUAUAGCCAAGAUCUGGGAUAGAACCAACGGAAAACCUUAUACUUCCAUGGAACCAAGUGUUGAUAUCAACGAUAUUGAACAUGUUCCAGGAACGGGUAUGUUUUUUACAGCCAAUGAGGGUAUUCCAAUGCACACUUAUUAUAUUCCUAAUCUAGGACCUGCUCCAACUUGGUGUUCAUUCUUAGACUCGAUAACAGAAGAAUUGGAAGAGAAACCAAGUGAUUCCGUGUAUUCGAACUAUAGAUUUAUCACGAGGCAAGAUGUUUCAAAAUUAAACUUAACCCAUUUGGUUGGUUCCAAAGUGCUUAGAGCAUACAUGCAUGGUUUCUUUAUCAAUUCAGAGCUAUAUGAUAAGGUUUCCCUAAUCGCCAAUCCAAACUCUUACCGUGACGAAAGGGAAAGGGAAAUCAGAAAACGUAUUGACAAAGAAAGAGAAUCUAGAAUCAGAACUUCCGGAGCAGUUCAAAAAUCUAAAGUUAAAGUUAAUAAGAAUCUUGUUGAAAAACUAUCUGAAAAGCGUGGUGGAAAGGUUGCAGAAAAAGUCCUUGAUGAUGACCGUUUCAAGGAAAUGUUUGAAGAUGAAAAUUUCCAAAUUGAUGAAGACGAUUAUGAUUAUAAACAGCUAAAUCCAGUAAAAUCCACCAGAGAAACAGACCAAGGUGCUGCAAAACGUAUUAGAGCUCUUACAGCCGCCGAAGAAUCUGAUGAAGAAAGAAUUGCUGCUAAAGAAGGUAAGAAUCAAUAUUCUGAUUCAGAUGACAGCGAUGACGAUUCAGAAUCCGAAACGGACAUCGAAACUAAACUAAGUGAAAAGGACAAGAAGAAAAUUCUCAAAAAAGUAACUGAAUUACAAAGGAAGAAGAAAGAAAGACAACUCGAGGAUAAAUUUGUGAACCAACUAAGUGUUGGUGUACCAGAUUCUCAAACCAUUUUAGCACAAAGCGUUACAUUUGAUAAACAACUUCAAAAAUUAAAGAGCGAAGAGUCCGCCAAGAAAUCUGAUGCUUCGAUACUGCGUCGAAACCACCAUGGCGAAACUGAAUUAACGUUCAUCCCACGGAAGAAAGACUCAAAGAAGAAACGUCAACUGCCAGAUGCUGACGUUGACGUUGAUGACGCAAAGAACGGUAUAAGAAAGCCUAGACUCGACGGCAGAAGAAGAGCCAGCAAAAACGUAUUCCGUGGCAUGUAA